GCGUCCGGGCGGUAGCGGAGACUAGCGCUUUAGUCCAGCAAGCGUUAUUGUCUCCGGCUUACAUAUCAAAUAGUUAUAGUGUACACAAGUGAUGAAACACAGUUGCGCGUGUGGGUGCACCAGUAACACCGGUUUCUUACGCUGGCUGUCAAGGAGCCGCACAGCACCUAGUCCGGCGGACGGCCGCAAAUGGCGUCCUGCUUUGCUUGCUUUGGGAUAUGCUCAGCGGCCGACGCCGAGCGUGUGCGGCGGCAGCAGGCGGCACUAAGGGAACUGGAAGACAUCCAGUCAAAGCCCUUGGAGGCGCUCGCGCACCGACGUAAACGGGGACAUGACCAUACUCAGCCUGCCAAGACAAUAACAACCGUGGAGGCGUCACCUAGCUCCUCUGUUGACUUAGAAAGCUUGAAUGGCGCCCCAAGCGUUGACGCGGAGUCGAGCGCUGGGCGCCCGACAGUGCAGCGUUCGGUUUCUCCGGACCGGCGAAGCGCUCGCGUGCGCCCGCUGAACGAACCUCGCCCCACGACUUCUCAAAGCUCGCUCAGCAGCAGUCCGAACGGCAACAGGUGCACCGCAAGCCUCAACCCCAGCCCCGCACCUAGCCCUCGGACCAGCAACCACGGACUGCAAAAUGCCAAUCCUUGCGGCCUCGCAUCGAUGGGGCUUCCCGUGGCCAUGGCGACGACGUCGUCGAGCGAGCUGAGCACCCCCAGCUCGCACACCCACCGCAACACAUCAGCCAGCCCCGGGGCGGGCUCCGAGUCCACCGCCACGCCGCGCCUGCUGCCGCCGAUGUUCCUCAUGCACAGCGCCAACUGCCCCCUGACAGCGCCGCAUACCGCCCGCUCGCCGGCGACCGCCACUGGCGACCAUGGCGGCGGUGGUGGUUGCGGUGGCGGCAACGGCGAGAGUGACAGCACGCCGUCAGGGGCGGAGCGGGAAGCAGUCCCAUCCCCUCACGGCCCCAUGAACGGCGGCCGCGCGCCCCGCACCUCGCCGGCCGCUGAGCCCGGGCUCUCACCGCAGCACACCAGUCCCGGCGCGCUGGAGGAGGGUGGCGGGGUGGUGCUUGCGCCGCGCUUCGGCCUGGCGACGGCUAAGUCAGCGCCGGUGCACGGGUCGCCAUCAGCAUCGGCAGCAGCAGGGGGCGGGCACGAGAUCGGGCCGCAGGAGGAGGGCGCGAGUGUGCGGCGCGAGCGCCGGCGCCGCAGCGAGGCGCUGGCCCGGGUGGACGAGGAGGAUGUUACCGAGCCGGAGCGGCCGGCGGUGCCGCCCCCCGCUGUGCUUGUCAGCCCCUUGCAGCUCCUGACCGAGGAAACGUUCCUGGCCUCAUCGACAGCGGCGGUGGCGGCGACGGGAGCAAGGCUGGUGCUGGAGGAGGCACCGGCUGCUGGAGUGCAGCGGGCAGGGGGCCACAACGUCGGGGUUGCCGAGGAGCAGCGCUUUGGGGGGGACAGGGUGUGCGUCGUGGCCGACGUCGCGGGCGCCUGUCCGGCGGGCUGCGAGGACGGGCUGCGGGAAAGGCCUGGGUCCGCGGCCGGGGGCAGCCCCUGCGAGCCUGUGUGCUCGCCUGCGGGGAGCCACGCUGCCUCGCGCCGUACCUCGGAAGCAGCCGGGCCGGACGCGGCAGCAGGCGCCGGAACACCGGCCAGGGGUCCCGAGGCCAGCGCUGCGCUGGCGGCUGCGCCCACUCCUGAGCCGGCACCACAGCAGGCGGCGGCGCUGUCGCCGCCUUCCACGCAGCCCGCAGAGGCAGGUGUAGCUGCGCCCAGCCCGAUACAGGCCACACCACAGCGGUCGUCGCAGCCAUCCAGGCACGCCUGGCCUGCUGCUGCGGUGGCCGCGGCCCGGGGCUCCCGGCCCGCCCCUGCCCAGCCGCAGCAGACGCCCUCGCGCUCGCCGGCUGCACCCUCACGCAGCGGUAUCGCCUCAGCGCAGCAGCAGGACCCGCCUCGCCCCAGCCCCGGCAGCCGCGCCCCCGGGCCCAGCACCGCCAGCCCUGCAGCCGCCCCUCCGGCCCGCCGCGCGCCCUUCCCGGCCGCCGCCUCCUCCCCGGCACCAGCUCGCAGCCCCGCACCCGGCCCCACCCCACGCGGCGGCGGCGGUGGCGCCACCGCCAGUGCCAACCCCUUCGCCUCCGUGUACGGCAGCGCCGCGUCAGGUCGGCUGCGCAGCACGCCGCCGCCGCCUCACGCCUUCAGCAUGCACGCCAGCGCCUCCACACGGAUGGCGCUGCAGGACGUGCUGUCAUCGCGUCGCUCGGUGAACCGGGGCGGCGGCUUCAGCAGCAGCAUGAGCGUCAACGGGCUGGGCGGGAACGUUGACUUCCGGCCCAAGUGGCGCUUUUAGUGCGAUGCUGGCUGGCACUGGUGAUUCAGCGUGGCGUUAUGCGUUGUGGCAUGGCAGAACCCAAUGUGUUUGUCGAUACAUACGUGCGCGGUGUGUGGCUGAAGUGCCGGUGGGGUCCAGGCGUGGACCGGUGGGUUGUAUGAGGGCCUCCGUCCUCAGCACGCGUUAGUAACAAACACACUGUAGAACACAAUAGUUUAUACUGUAGGUAAGAUCUGGCGAUCCCGCAUUGUGAUUUGGGCUGUGGCGCGUGCGCGGAGCGUGAUGUGAUCGCUUUUACUGGACGCGUGGGAAUGACUUGGGAAGGGCGAUUAUCUGUGAGUGGAGGGCAGGUUGCCAGGUGAACCGUAGCACAAUAGGACAGUCACAGUUGUUGAGGAGACGAUUUACUGACAACUAGGGCCCGCAUGUGUGCAUUGUUUCUUUUCUCAUAGCGCCAUUGUUGCCCGCGCUUCAUGUGUCCAUUGCACAACAUCCCCUUUACGCAACCGUUGCACGAACGCAUUGCCCAUGCGCGCUCAAGUCAGCACUUAGACUUUCAAAGAGACGCGUGUCCUGUGGUGGUACUUGAAGCCAACACGGUGGCUCUCAACCGUGUGGCUGUGACGCUUACGGCAAUCACUAGUGCCAUGACGAUGGCAAUUGGCGUGAUACACGAAUAGAUGAAUGCGAAGUGGUGUUUAGAGCGGGUCGCAGGGCCGAGCAGGUGCCUCCCCAUGAGAAUACUAGCGACUUGUUUGGCCUGACUUCUCUUUGUGUGAUCUUUUAUCCUAAGACUGUUUGCUGAUGUAAGCAUAAUUCAUGUCGACGAUUGGUUGGUCAGGGCGAAUGCGAGGAUUGAGCCACGAGGGAACACCUUGGCUGGGGGCGAUCGCGAGAAGAGUCGGCGGGUACGUGCCGAAGUCAAUGGAGUGGUGUCAACACAAAUUGUAACCCGAGUUAAAC